AUGGUUCCCGACUUUGAAUCCAUCAUGGGUGAGACCUACCACCAACAGUUUGCAGAAGAUUCUAUACUCAAUUUAAAUGUUGACGAGAUGCGAAUGGAAAAACUUCUUACCAAAAACGAUAUUUCUUGUCUGAAGCGGCUGAUCGUUAAGUUCCGUCUGCACUUGAAAGAAGGCCACGAGAACAUCGAGCAGAACGGAAAAGGAGAUAUUCUACUGGACCACGCAAUCUUCAUCAACGAUCUAAUGAUCAAGAGAACAGAGGCUUUGCAGGCAGCAGCCAAACACGAGAAGGACAAGAACAAGCGCUCAGAGCACUUCAUGGUUACAGUCAGUCUCUUCAAAAAAGGCCUCAUUGCCUUUGAAAAGCAACAAGUCCCACUCCGCCGUCACCUCGCUCGCAUGGCUUUCGCUAAAACUGAUGAAGGUGCUGCCUAUUUCAAACAAAAGGCACGAGAGGAGAUGGCCGCAAUCAUCAAGGAAAGAGUAGACGAGUAUAGAAGGAUAGAGGCUGAAAAAGAGGCGCAACCAAAAGAAAUAACGGUAAAGGAUGCACCGAAGAAAUUGGAAAAAGUGGUGGAAGAAGAUCAAAAGGAUUUGGAAAGUGAGGAAGAAAACAGAGUAAUCAUAAAAGAAGAGAAGGGCGAGAUCAAAGAGGAACAACCGAUAAGCUCAUAA